AUGUCUCUAGAAGAAAAAUUCAACGCAGCGGUAAAUGUUAUUAGAAGUUUACCUAAAAGUGGAUCGUACCAACCCAGCAAUGAGUUGAUGUUACGCUUCUACAGUUACUUCAAGCAAGCAACAGAGGGACCAUGCAAUAAAGACAAGCCUGGCUUCUGGGAUGUGGUCAAUAGGGCAAAAUGGGAAGCGUGGAACAAAUUGGGCAAUAUGUCUGCCGACGAGGCGAUGUUGGCGUAUGUCAACGAACUGCACAAGAUAGUGGAAACGAUGGCAUUUAAUUCGGACGUGGCUUCGUUCCUGUCAGUUAGCGACGAUGAACAGGGCUUCCCUAGUGCCGACUUAGAACUGGUGGCUGGCGACGUGUUGGCCAAAUGUCGAGACUCACAAGGGAACUCGCCGAGUUAUUCUCGGUCAGUGAGCGGCGCGUCGUCCCCCGCGCGGCCCGCGUCCCCGCCGCGGACACGACACGACUCUGAAGACGAGUUUAUUGACACCGUCGACGUCUCCGUCAAUGAACCCGAGCCGAUACAAGUGCAAAGUCCUCCGCGUCUCAGCAAUGGACACGCCCAUCAAAUAACUUCGCAAUUAACACAUUUAAAGGUGCUGGAACAGUUGCCGGGCACCCUCGCCCGGCUCGAGGCGGAUGUGGCCGCUUUAAGAAAAGCAGUGGAAGGAGACAGGAGAUUGUUGGAUCAGGUCUCGAGCGGGUGGCGAUGGCCGUGGCAGGAGUUGAGUCCGCCAACUCUCAUAUUGGUGGUGGUGUGGCCAUUCAUAGCCUACCGUAUAGCGAACCGCUAUCAACGUAGGAACAUA